UUUUCUUUUCUGGGCUUUGGACGAUGAAGCACGAGAACCACAGUCCCUGAUUUAUCAGUUACCACUCCCCAUUUAUUAAUGAGCGUUUGCGCUUGCACUUGCACACUCUUCAAUACUUGCCGUGCGUUUUCUUUCACUCUCCUCCUUUUUAAUUUUUCUUUUUGUGGAAAAAAAAAAACCUUUUUUUUCUUUUAUUAUAUUUUGGUGCAUUCGCAUCCAGAUUCGUUCUUUCCUGCUCGUGAAUUUUGAUCUUCUAAAUCCUCAUCUUUAACACUGCAUCAAUUUUGCCAAGAUUUUUUUUCUUUGCUUCUCUCGCUUCAUAGAUCGGAUCAGAGAGCUAUAUUUUCUUUAAAAAUCUUGGUUCGUAACUCAGAUAUUGCAUUGGAUUCGCUGCAUCAUCGCAUUUCCCUUGGUGAUUCACCCUAUUUGUCAAAUUUCAGGUACUCCAUUUCAAUUUCUGUCUCCAAUUUUUUGGAGGAAUCUGCAGUGAAUAAGUACACAGAAUGUGGUUCCUGUUAUUUCGAGUCAAGAUGUUGUAGAGACCAAACACUGAUAUAAUAUCGCCUUGUUUUCAUCAUUUUGUUGAACCAAAGAUUUGCGGCAGGCAAAAUGAUCAUCAACAAGCCACUUGUGUUGACUUACUUGUACCUUUUGAUCUACAUUUUGCUUUCUUCGGGUGUAAUCUUGUAUAACAAGUGGGUUCUUUCUCCAAAAUACUUCAACUUUCCAUUUCCCAUCACUCUUACAAUGAUCCAUAUGGCAUUCUCAGGGAUGGUAUCCUUUUUCCUUGUUCGUGUAUUCAAGGUUGUAUCUCCAGUCAAAAUGACUUUUGAAAUAUAUGCAACAUGUGUAAUACCAAUAAGUGCCUUCUUUGCAGCAAGUCUUUGGUUUGGUAACACUGCUUAUCUGUACAUCUCGGUGGCAUUCAUCCAGAUGCUGAAAGCUUUAAUGCCAGUGGCAACAUUUCUCAUGGCUGUUAUGUGUGGCACUGACAAAGCAAGGUGUGAUGUGUUCUUAAACAUGGUGCUGGUCAGUGUUGGAGUUGUCAUCUCUUCAUAUGGGGAAAUUCAUUUUAAUGUAGUUGGCACAGUUUACCAAGUCACAGGCAUCUUUGCAGAAGCACUGAGGCUGGUAUUAACUCAGGUCCUCCUUCAGAAAAAGGGCUUGACUUUAAAUCCGGUCACCAGUUUAUAUUACAUAGCUCCAUGCAGUUUUGUCUUUCUGUUUGUGCCUUGGUUUUUACUGGAGAAGCCUGGGAUGGAAGUUUCACAGAUUCAGUUCAAUUUUUGGAUAUUCUUCUCCAAUGCACUUUCUGCAUUAGCCUUGAACUUCUCCAUAUUCCUAGUGAUUGGUAGAACUGGAGCAGUCACCAUAAGGGUUGCUGGCGUUUUAAAAGACUGGAUACUGAUAGCCCUUUCAACUAUCAUAUUUCCCGAGUCUACAAUAACAGGAUUGAAUAUCCUUGGUUAUGCAAUUGCACUUUGUGGUGUUGUCAUGUACAAUUACAUAAAGGUUAAGGAUGUCCGAGCUUCUCAGCUGCCUGAAACUAUUCCAGAAAGGAUCACAAAGGAUUGGAAGUUCGAGAAGAAGUCAUCUGAUAUAUUCGUACCUAAUGACAACAGCGAUAACAAUGGAGGAGGUGGUGGAGUUGGUAAUUCUUCUUCUGAUCUAAAUGUUGAUGAGGAAGCCCCUCUAAUUUCAUCAAGGUUGUCGCAUAUUGGACGCACACAGUUUAGCAACCAUACUGCAUGAUUUUUUGAAAGCCCAACCAUAGAUUCUAUAUCCCGAGUGAGACUGAAGAAGCGAAACUACAAGGGAAUUCAAGUUCAGGCGUGGUGUGCAUCCUUUGAUUUCAAGAGAAAAUAUAUAUAUAUAUAUUUUCCCUUUAGUUGAAAGGUCAAGUAUUGUAUCUGCAGUUGUAGCAAUUGCACACAUCAAUUUCCUGCUAUAGUUCUGUAGAUGGUCGCUUAGGACCCAUCGCUGGGUGAACAAGCUCACCGUAAUACAAUCAACAUUUUGGGUAGGCCAUAGGCAUUUUGGCCAGUCCAGUUAAGAAUUUGAUGUCUCCAAUAGCUCAUAAUCUGUCGUGGAGAUUUUGUUUUCAAAUGAAGUUGACAAUUCUUACGUAGUUCA